AUGCCUACCCCAAAUCGGCGCUCGGCAUUUCUGCUCUGGCAGCUCCUCGUGGCCGUCGCCGGCGCGCUGAUCUUGCACGCUGCGCCCAGACCUCUCCGGCACGCCUUGCGGGCGAAGAGUCUGUGCUCUGCGGUGUCGCCCACGCAAGGGGACACCAUCCGUGUGACGGCCGACGUGGCUGUCAAGGGCAGGAGCGCCAAGGGUCUGACGGGCACGGUCCUGAAGGUGUUCGGCGAGGGCGACGACGCCACCGACGACUGGGGCGCGUGCUGCGAGCUCGCGUGGGGAGAGCCCACCAUCACGGCAAGGCUGCAGCGCAAGGUGACGGGCUACUUCGAUUUCCGCGAGCUGACGCUCCUCCACCGCGACCAGGCGCGGGUCGCAGCCUUCGAGGCGAGGGAGCGCGAGCGGUGGCGAGCUGUGUACGACGAGGAUUGGACCCCGCCUGCUCACCGUGAGCUAGUGGAGGGGGACCGGGUGCAGGUUGUGGCCGACGUCGCGGUCAAGGGGUACGCGAGCGCGAGAGGCAUGCAGGGCGUCGUCGCGAACGUGUGGGCCGAGUGUGAGACCGACGCCGCGUGCUGCUGCAACGAGCUGGCCACAGCGCCCGUCACAGUCGAGCUCGAGCCCGAAGAGGAGGGGGAGCUGAUUGGCUACUUUUGCUCGGAGGAGGUGGAGGUGCUUGAUGGCGCCGCCGCUGGGUAG